CAUUUUGUUGACUCAUUAAUUACUGUGUCCAGACCACAUCCUUUCAGCUCAAAAUAUUAAGCCGUGCAUCACAGUAGAUUUGAAAAUAUUCAACAUUAAAGACAGAUAAGAAGAAAUGUUGCGCCUCAUCGUUUUCAUCUCAUGUGGCCUUCUCUUCUUCGUCCAGUCAGGUCAUGGUUCUGAGAUUAUUGGAGGAGGAGAAGUCAGGCCACACUCACUCCCUUUCAUGGCUUAUUUGUUAAGUAAACACAGUUUCUGUGGCGGGACAUUAAUCCAUCCACAAUGGGUCCUGACAGCUGCACACUGCACCAAAAUGAGGUGGGUUAUCCUAGGUGCACACUCCAUAAACGAAGAGGAAAAAGGUUCCAAGCAGGUCCAAGUGGUUGAGGAACUCUUCCCUCAUCCUGACUAUUAUCACUAUCUCCAGGGCAAUGACCUCAUGCUGCUUAAGCUUAAGAAACCAGCAAAGAUAACCAAAACCGUGAAAUACCUCCCGUUGGGGAAAAUAGUCAAAAGGCCUGCAGAUGGGAGAAAGUGUCUGGUGGCUGGAUGGGGACAAACUGAAAACAAUGAAACAUCAGAUGUCCUCAAGGGUGGCCAUGUAGCUGUGAUCAGCAGACAGAAGUGCAACUCUUGUGAUUAUUACAACCGCAACCCUUAUAUCACCAGGGACAUGAUUUGUGCUGGUACAUAUGGCAAAAAAAACGAUUCCAGCUGUUAUGGGGAUUCAGGAGGACCACUGCUGUGCUACGGAAUGUUGGUUGGAGUCACUUCUUUUGGAUCUCAUGGGUGCAUGACAAAACCUGGAGUCUACUCGUUUCUCUCAAAGAAACAACUAAAGUGGAUCAAAAAAACAAUGAAGUCAUCUGAAACCAAAAAUCAGUGAAAUCGAGCCGUACCAGCUAAGCGAGACGGGCAUAUUUGAUGCUUUUUAAAUCUGUCAGCGCUGUCACUGUUAACCACUUCCUUGAACAUUAUCCAUUUUAUUUCAUUCUUCCUCUUCUUUAUGAUAUUUUAGUUUUUACAGACUGUCCACAUGAUAGCAGCCCAUGGUUAGUCUGUUAGGUAGGUUAGGUAAAUUUGGCACAAACAUUAACUUUUUCCAAAUAUCAUAUAACUCAAAGUACCUCCAAAUGUGAAUGCUCUUGUUUGUUGCAGAAAACUACAAUGCAAACAGGAAAAGGAUAUUUUUAAUGUAUACAAUAAAUAAAUAAAUAAAUAAAUGAAAGUGAAAAAACAAAGCGAGAUUAGCCAAAGAGAUUCACCAUGUCAUGUAUUGCAAACUUAAGCUGAAAAUGAAUGAAUCUGUAAGCAGACGUUUUGACAAAUAUGUUUUUUUGAGUAUGCUUUAAUGUUUAUUUCAUUUCUCAUUUUAAGUAUUUUUGCUUGAAAAGCCCAAAACAACAAUAUUUUUUCAUUAACUUUCUAGCUUUUCUACUUUCUAAUAAAGCUUGUGGCAUUAUAAAAACAACAACACAUCUUUCAUUUUCC